AUGCUUUACUAUGAAUCACAUCGUAAACAAACUGAAAAUAUGGAUACAACUGACUUAGCUCCCCCCCUAGAAUACAACACACGCAAGGUGGACUUCACCAAGAGACCCUCCCCUCGCAUUUUCGGUUCUCAUCUGCCGUAUUAUUUAGCACCAAAUGGUCUCAAGAACAAAAGAGCUAAAAUUGUUUACAUCUACAGAAGCCCCAAGGAUGUUAUUAACUCAUAUUUUCAUUUUUCAAAUAUGGUGGGUGUAUUAAAAAGAUAUGAAAAUCUGGAGACUUUCAUUCAUGAUUUUCUAGAUGGAAAAGUUCCAGGAAGCCUUUGGUUUGAUCACAUCAGAGGCUGGUAUGAACACAGACAAAAAUUUAACAUUUUGUUUUUGUCAUAUGAGGAGAUGAAGAAGGAUCUCAAAAGUGCUGUGCAGAAACUCUGCCACUUUCUUGGGAAAGAACUCAGUGAAGAUGACUUGGAUGCCUUUGUGAGACAAGCUACAUUUAAGAACAUGAAAUCUGAUUCACGAGCAAAUAUUAAUAAUAUACUCAAAGAUGUUGCUGGGGCAAAAAGUGAUGGGCAUCAUCUACGCAAAGGUACCAUUGGUGAUUGGAAAAACCACUUCACUGUAGCGCAAAGUGAAAGAUUUGACAUGAUAUUCCAAAGGAAGAUGAAAGACAUACCAUUGAAGUUCAUCUGGGAUAUAAAUGAGGAGUAG